AUGUUUCUCUUUAAAUCAUCAAAGCCCACUGUAAAAUUUAUUGGAAACAAUAAAACCACAUCAAGAUUUUUAGAAAAGAUUAAAACAUAUUCACAAGAUAUUAAUUCACUUAUUACUAAUUUAUCAAAUACUAAACUAUUUAACUCUAUAGAUUAUGAAGAUAAUUGUGUUUAUUUAGAAGAAAAGAGAAGUAGCAUUAAAAUUAAUCAUGAUAGAGAAACUAGUCUUAAUUUAAACUUAUUUAAUCUUUUUAGAACAAAUGAAAUAGUUAAUUUAGAUUUUGAGAUAAACUCAAAUCUUAAACAAAUUGAUUUAUCUAAAAUAGAUACGCUGUUAAGUAAAGAUAAUUUAAAUACACUUAAAAAGAUAAUUAAAGAUAGUUUUUAUAACAUAAAGAUCACUAAACCAAUUAUUACAUCUGAUGAUAUUGUUUAUUUAAAUGGAUCAUCUAAUAAAUUUAAUAGACAAAUAAAUAAUGAUUGUUAUGAAAUAGUACAGAAUGAAAUAGGGAUUAAUUCAUUAUUUAACAUUAAUAAGUACUUAGGUAUUGGUUCUGAAUUAAUUAAUAACAAAUAUAAUUAUUAUAUGAGAGUGUUUUAUGACUUGUUGGGUAUUAAUUUUAAUACAACUAUAAAGUAUAUUUCUGAUGACGUUAUUAAUGUUAUAGAUGAAUCUAUCAAAGAUGAAUCAAUGGAAAACAAUAAAAAUACUCUAAAGAAGUGUGAUAAAUUAAAUGAUGUAUUAAAUAACAUGCUUGUUAGAUUAGAAGUUAAUAAGUUGUUUAAUAUUGAUUUGAGUAUGUUUUUCUUUAAUAUGAAAGUAUCACUUGGUCAAAUAUUUUUAAAUACUUCAAGUAUUACUGAUAUGUUCUUUAUUAACAAUAUCAAGGGAUACUUAAGAGAUGGUAUUACACCUAAAGUUAACAAUGUAAAAUUAGGUGGUACUUCUUAUGUUACUUUAAACAAUAAGGCUGGUAUUAGAAUCCUCAAUCAUGAGUUAUUUGGAUUUGCUGAUUUCGGAAUUAAUACAAGGCAAUCUAUGAUUAGUAAUUUUAAAAGAUUAUUUGAUAAUAAUAGUGUAUGUAUUGGUAAGUCUGUUGGUAUUGGGGUAUUGUUAAAUAAUUCAUUAUCAUUUAGUUAUGCUAUACCUUUAACAUCAACUUUUAACUUUACUAAUUUUAAUUUGGAAAUUAAAUAA